AUGGCACCAGAAAAAGACACGGCAGCUCCUUCACAAGGUGGAUCUUCAUCUCCUUCCAAUCUGAUUCUGAUGCAUCUGCUAAAUAUUUUGGAUCGCAAUAAUCUUUCCCAAGCACGACUCGACACGCUGGAGAAAGACCUCGGGGUGCAAGGAACGGACUACAACCUCGCGACGAGUAUUCUGUUUGUGGGAUACUUGCUAACGCAACUACCCUCAAAUCUCCUCCUUACCCGAGUUCGACCGUCCGUUAUUCCUGGGGUUUGCAAGGGCCAUCUGGGGUGUGAACUCUGCCCGUCAAGCGGCUACUCGAUCAUUUGCUGGCUUCGGUUCUUCCUCGGCUUUGUCGAGGAGCCAUUAUUUCCUGGAGCCGUGAUGUUGAUCUGA